CGUGGGUGGUGCGGGGGCUGGGCGGCCGAGGUCCCAGCCGGGCUGUGAUUUGGAGGGUCCUGGGCUGGGAGCUGAGAGGAGAGGGCGGGGAGGGCAGGAUCUUCGUGAGGUGACUGAGGGGCCUGCUCGCUGGUGGGGUCAGAAGCGGAGAACCUGCUUCCAGGGCAGAGUGUCUGGUUCCACGAGAGCCUUCCGCUCGGACAACACCUGGGAGGACAGCGUGGAGGGCUCGGUCGAGAGAGGAUCUCCAGGUCCCAGAGCCCUGUGGGAGCCACCUGUGCCUCUACCCUCCUGAUGCCUGGGGGAUGGAGGCCCUUUCCCGGCCGCACCGCAGCCUGACGGGAGCAUCCUUUGGAUGCUAGAGACUGGCGUCUGUGUGGACAGAGGAAACAUGGGACUGACAAAGCCUUUCAGAUAUGGUCUUGUCUGUACUGAAACAGAAAUACUGUUGAACCUCACCCUACUGCUGUGCUUGGAGGCCUGAUGGGUGCAAAUAGCUAUGGGCAACUUGGCCUUGGCCAUAAGGAAGAUGUGCUUUUGCCCCAGCAACUGAAUGACUUCUGUAAACCUACGUGUGUCAGGAGGAUCACGGGAGGAGGGGGUCACUCUGCAAUUGUGACAGAUGGGGGAGGCCUUUUUGUUUGUGGCCUGAACAAAGAUGGGCAACUGGGGCUUGGUCACACAGAAGAUGUCCCAUAUUUUACCCCCUGCAAAUCCCUCCUUGGCUGUCCCAUCCAACAGGUGGCCUGUGGCUGGGAUUUUACCAUUAUACUCACAGAAAAUGGCCAAGUUCUAUCAUGUGGAUCCAACUCCUUUGGCCAGUUAGGAGUUCCUCAUGGACCUCGAAGAUGUGUGGUUCCCCAGGCCAUUGAGCUCCUGAGAGAGAAGGUUGUUUGUAUUGCUGCUGGACUGAGGCAUGCAUUAGCUGCUACAGUGAGUGGUAUUGUGUUCCAGUGGGGGACUGGUCUGGCAUCAUCUGGACGACGGUUGUGCCCUGGGCAGACUCUCCCAUUGUUUUUGACAGCAAAGGAACCGAGCAGAGUGACAGGUCUAGAGAAUUCUAAAGCAGUAUGUGUUCUUGCUGGCUCAGACCACUCAGCUGCAUUAACAGAUGCAGGAGAGGUGUAUGUCUGGGGAAACAACAAGCAUGGACAACUGGUUACCCAGGCUGCCUUCCUUCCUAUGCCCCAGAAAAUAGAAGCACAUUGUUUUCAGAAUGAAAACGUCACUGCCAUCUGGAGUGGGUGGACACACCUGGUUGCUCAGACAGAAACUGGCAAGGUGUUUACCUGGGGCCGAGCAGACUAUGGUCAACUAGGGAGGAAGCUGAAGUCUCAUGAAGGCUGGAAACUAGAAAAGCAGAAUUCAUCCCUCCCCUGCUCAAGACCACAGAACAGCAUACCUUCAUCUCUGCAUUGCUUAACGGGAGCAACUGAGAUCUCUUGUGGCUCCGAGCAUAAUUUGGCAAUAAUUGGCAGCGGCCUCCGCAUAAAGGAUAAAGUCGCUGUUGCAGUCAUCCCGGCAAGAGAGGUGGGGCCUGUUACUCUUGGGGCUGGAAUGAGCACGGCAUGUGCGGAGAUGGCACUGAAGCCAACAUCUGGGCCCCGAAGCCCGUGCAGGCUCUGUGGUCGUCACCGGGACUCCUUGUGGGCUGUGGGGCUGGCCACUCCCUGGCCCUCUGCCAGCUGCCAGCACGCCCUGCACCAGGCCAGGAUCCAAAGGUCACCUACCUUUCCCCAGAUGCCACCAAGGACACUGAAUCUCAGGAAACCAUGGACAAAGAGAGAAACUGGAAGGGAAGACAAUCAGAAACUUCAACCCAAAGCCAAUCUGACAAGUCCAAAAAUGUGAGACUGUGAUAGAGAACCAUUAAUAAAGUGGCUUUUCCCACCAAAA